GGCUACAGUCUCCCGCAGCAGCAGCCCGCCGCCGUAGCGCGGCGCAACGAGCGGGAGCGCAACCGCGUCAAGCUGGUGAACUUGGGCUUCGCCACGCUUCGCGAGCACGUCCCCAACGGCGCGGCCAACAAGAAGAUGAGCAAAGUAGAGACGCUGCGCUCCGCCGUCGAGUACAUUCGAGCCCUGCAGCAGCUGCUCGACGAACACGACGCCGUCAGCGCCGCCUUCCAGGCCGGCGUGCUGUCUCCCACCAUCUCGCCCGGUUACUCCCACGACAUGAACUCCAUGGCGGGUUCCCCCGUCUCCUCCUACUCCUCCGACGAGGGUUCCUACGACCCGCUCAGCCCCGAGGAGCAGGAGCUGCUCGACUUCACCAGCUGGUUCUGAGCCGGCCCCGGUAGGUGGGUGCGCGAGGACGGCCGGG